GCUUGGUGAUAUCUUUCCGUGGUUGACCGAGCCGAUGCACUAUAUCAAUCGCGUCUGGGAGUUUUGUUUUGUACUCCGGCAGGAUCGCCUGGCAGAUGCCUAACACCUCGGCACGGACGUCUUGCUCCUUAUUUUCAGGCACUCCAAACAGGGGACCGGCGGUCAUGUAGAUGACAUUUUGAGGUCAGCUCGUCACUUAAUACAGCUACUCAACCCAUCUGAUAGAGAAAGCGGAAAUCAGAACUUGAGAGAACAGAGACAGACAGAAAACAGACCAUCUCUCCAGAUGGAACUGACCAGGUCCUUUCCUGGUAUUUUUACCAGGGGAAGAGGAAAGAGGCGCUUUCCUGCAGCAAGCCCUGUUCCUGCCAAGAAGCCGAAACCUUUUGAUCUUGGUUUCUAUUUGUUGCCAAAACGAUACGACAAAAGCCCAAAAGAGCAGGAGCAAGUAGUCCAUCUGCAGGCAGGACUGGGUCGUAGGACUGCUCAUCUAGAUGAGAGCAUGACACAUGAAGAGUUAUGUGAUGCCCUCAAAGUUUUAUUCCCAAAACUGGAGACAGUUGCUGGUGGGUGACUGCUAUACAAAGCUUCAGCUGGAUGGGGUAGUCGCCAGCUGUCUCUUGUGGCUCCUGAUGAUACUGGCUAUACAGGUGUAAUGUUGAAGUCUGUCACUCGUGGAGUAAAAUGUCUGUUCAUAGCCCCAAUUCAAGAAGAACUGAGUACAAAUCCCCUACCACUAACUGAUGAAGCAUUCAGUAAGAUGCCAAAAGCCACAUGUCAGAAGUGUGGAGUAGCAAUCCCUCUUCCGCUCCUGACAGAACACAUCAAGACAUGUAAUGUUAUUGAUGUUGACAGUGACGAUACUGUGGCUAAUGUGGAUACCGCAGAUAUGCAGGAAUGUCCCAUCUGCACAAAUGCCUUUUGUGCUGACGUCAUUGAAGUACAUGCUUCCUCAUGUGUGGCAAGGUAUCCAUUUCCUUUUUAUUGUUAAUGUUUUUUUCUAUAAUCAGCAAUGGUCUUUUUUUAGAUGCUGUGCAGUUGUAACACAAAUAAUUUUAUGAGGGUAGUGCAGGGAAAGAAGUGAUGCCUGAAAGCAUUGUAACUCAGGAAGAGCAAGAAGCAGUGCCUGGACCAUCCAGAACUAUUGCACCUGUUCCAGAUGGCUGGUUAACUGUCACUGACCCGACCAAGGCCAUAUCUGAGUGUGCUGACAGUUUUCUACGUGUUCAUGAAAUGGAGAGUCCCUUACUGCUCAGCAUGGACAUCAGAAAAAGCCUUGCUGAACAGGACAUGGCACUUAUCUCCUUCUACAAGCGACCUAACUUGGAAUGGGGACGACCCUUGAAUUGCCAACUUGAAGGAGAUCCUGCUAUUGGACAUGGUGUGAAUCGUUUUUUUUUCUCAACAUGCAUGGAGAAGCUGAGGUCAGGGUUUUGCAUCAAUUUUGCAAAUUCAAACCAUACACGACUUUUUGAUGGAGAGCCCGGCCAUCUAGUCCCCUCAGCCUCUCACUUUCUUGUUGAAAGUGAUAUGUUCAUGGUGGCAGGGAGAAUGAUAGGCCACUCUUUCCUCCAUGGAGGACCAUGUCUGCAGGGACUCAGCCGUGCUGUCGUUCAUGUCCUGAUGGGUGGAAGUCCUGAAACGGCGACCGUCACACUGGAGGACUGUCCGGACCUGGACAUUAGAGGCACCAUCAGUCUUCUUGAAGGGGGAUCCAUGCUGUCAGAAAAGGACAAACAAAGUGUCCAGGAACUGACUUAUGCUUGGGACCUCCCUCCCCUCACCGAAAACAACAGGCGGUGGCUUUUUGACAAGCUGCUGAUCCACGCUGUAAUAGGACGUGUCAUGAGGCAAAUCAAGCAACUGAGACGAGGGCUUAAGGAAACCCCACUGUGGACACUAGCGACCCAAAGACCUGACACGGUGGCCUUGCUCUUUCCUCCAGAGACAACAGGGAAUAUCAGCACUGGGGUGCUUCUUCAGCGUAUAACAUGGCCUUGUGAGGAAGACAGUGAUGACGAUGACUGCUCUGUGGAAACCAGAUGCCGCGUGUCAAGCUAUUUACUGCAGUUCAUCACCAAUGCAAAACCAACUGAACUGACCAGCCUGGUCAAAUUCUGGACUGGAUGGGAGGUUCUCCCUCCAAGUCUCUCUGUACAAGUAAUCAACGGCAGACAUCCCACAGCUUCAACCUGCUUCGAGACCAUUCGCAUCCCAGGGCAUUACAAGGAUUACACAUCCUUUAAAAAUGACAUCUUGUCCUGUAUUUGCACUUGCCAAACAGGAUUUGGUCUUGUGUAAGUGACAUCUGGGCCUGUGUUUACACUCGUACUUCAGUAAAAUGUAACAACGUGAC